AUGCAUCGGAUACGCAAAAGAAUAAGCAAGUUAUUUGGUGGCAAAUCCUCUUCCUCUUCCAAAACCAGUAGUCCUCCACGGCCAUCCUCGCUUGUUUCUCAUUCCACCACACCAUCACACUCAGGCGAUGGUCGCGUUGUACCCACGAAUCCUUCUGGUGGAGGGGUACCAGCUAUCGAAGUCCACGCGGCAAGCUCCGAGUCGCUUCCAGCCCAACCGUCUCGUUCCCGUGCGUCAUCUGCAUCCCACGUCCCUACUCCCGAGAACGAAACUCGGGCGCUUGCCUCGCUCGGUGUGCAAUGCACGCUCUCUUUGGCGCAAGCGGUGGCCGAGAUUGCACCUGUGCCUUGUAUUGGAUCGUUAGUAGGAUGCUUGACUGCUGUAUUUCAGGCUGUGGAGCGCACACGAGUAAACAAGGAUCAAUGGAAACUGUUACAGGGCAGAUGUGUGAUGGUAAUGCGUAUUGCCGGAGCGCAAGUAAUGAAUAACGGACAUCAUCACUAUCCUGGGCUUGAAGAAGCUGCGAAACUACUCGAAGAAACUCUCAACAAGAUCGAAGAACGCGCUCAACACUACAACCAAAUGAAUGAGGUUCUCAAUUUCCUAUUAUAUCAAGACAUUAGCGACGAAAUCCAGUCGCUGUUUGGUGACCUUGACGCGUGCCUUGGCAUGUUCUCUUAUGCGACUGACAUUGCCCAAUCCCAAUGGAUUUCAGAGUUUCGAGCGGUGCAAAAGCAGGAGUCGCAGCAGCUCGAACAUCUCAAAAAUGAACUGGGAAGAAUGGACAUGAAGAUAGAUACGAUCGGAAGAAGCUCUGAGCAAAUACUACAGAACACAAGCAAGGUGGUCGAUGCUCUCCAGCGAGUACUCGACGACAAGUCUUCGAUUCUGCAAGCCCCAGCUACAACCACUGCCGCCACAUUCGACGACGCACAACGCAUCGUUCGUACUAUCCUUGCAGUCACCAAGCUCCAGCUACCUCCCAAGCUCCUGCUCGGCCGACAAUGUAUACCCGACACUAACAUCCCGAUCAAAACUGGGAUCACUUGUGACGUCUACUUGGCGUCAUUUCUCGUGGGAGAGAAAGUAGCGAAGAAGGUGUUCAGGAUUGGGAUGUCGGACAAGGCAUAUGUCCAAAAGUAUGCGACGCGGUUCUUGCGGAUUGCAAGUCUAUGGUCUGACCUCCGGUCGGACUAUACGUUGCCAUUCUACGGAAUUGGGAUGGAGUCGUUUGAGCAGAAUGAUCACUUCCAGUUGUAUAUGGUGUCGCCGCUGAUGAAAAACUUUGAUGCUAUGACGUACCUUAGCAAGUACAGAAACAACGCAGGAAUGAAGAAGAACAUACUACGAAUAAUCACCGACGCAGCCAAGGGGCUUCAAUAUUUACAUAACCGUAGCCCGCCGGUUGUUCACUCCGGAAUGAGGGGAGAUAACGUACUGAUCACGGACAGUGGAGGUGCAGUUCUUGGCGGAUUUGGACUUACAAAGGCGUUGGAAAGUGUUGAGAAUACCAGCCUUCCUCCGGCUGUCAUGACGGGCAGGACCGAGUCGCAGCGCUGGCUGGCGCCAGAGAUGUUCGAGGAUGACCCUCCGCUGAGGACACCUUGUGAUGUGUGGGGAUGGGCUAUGGCUGCUCUUGAGAUCGUCAGCGGCAGCAUACCAUAUCAUAUGCACAAGCAAGCUAUGAACAUCAUUCUAAAGGUCAACCAAGGUCCGCCAAGGCGCAGAGACCAUCCGGGAUUCGACAUAUACGCGUAUCGACCUGACGAAAUGUGGACGCUGCUAGAAAGGUGUUGGGCGAAAGAACCUGAGAACAGGCCAAGUAUGGACGAGGUAGUUGCAGACCUAAAGAAGAUAGGAGGGAUGGAGGAACGGAGGGCCUAG